GUUGAAAGCAAAGUCUGAGUACACUGAAGCAGACAGGCUAAGAGUCAAAGCAGAUCUAAUGGCUAAAACGUACCUGCUCCAAACUAUUCCCAAUGACAUAUACAUAUUGAUUGAUAGCAUGGAGACAGCUAAGGAGAUGUGGGAUGAAAUUAAAAAACUGAUGAUUGGAACUGAUUUGGGGAUAAAGACAAAGAAGGCAAACAUCCUGACUGCCUAUGAUGGAUUUAAAGCUCUACCUGGUGAGGCGCUCCAUGAAACAUACAACAGAUUUGUACAACUGAUCAAUGAGAUGCGAAAGAUCAAGGUUGUCAAAUCAAACAUGGAAAUGAACAUACGUUUCUU